AUAUACAGUACAUCUCUCUUUUUUGUGACAACCUUAAAUUUUUUUUUGAGACAACGUUAAUUGUAUCUCUCCUUUCUUUUUUUAGACUAUCCUUUCUUUUUGUUCUAAAUUUUUUCUGAAGGGUUUUCUUGUUGUUCCAAUGGGCCUUCAGCUAUUUCGUGGGCCUAGAUAGGUGAACCGAUGUCCGAUGGUGGCAUUAACACACCAAGCCUUCAUGCCUCAGAAAGAAAAAAGGGCCCUCUUCAUUCUUGUCAGAAAACGAAACACAGCCUCGUCGUUCUCAUUUCCCAAAUCGCCGGCCGCCCGGGCCACUCCGCCGGCGCCGCCGGCGCGAGUUUUUUCUUCUCCUUCCCCCGAGCGAGCUGCUUCUUAUCCAUCCCUGAUCUAUCGGCGGACGCCUGCGCCACCGUGGAGUAGAGGCGGCCGCCGCCUCGCCGGGCGGAGACGGAGGAGGAGGUCGCCGGAGGACGAGGGGAAUGGAGGCCACGCGCUCCUUGGGGCGACGUUCCCGUCCCAUCUUCCGUCGCUGGAGACGCACGCGCGGCGGAGCGCUGGGUGGCGCCGGCGACCACCGACUGCGGUAAGAGCGCUACUGUCUGUCUGUACUGCAAAGUAGAUAAAUUUAGUCCCACAUCGCAGAUUCACUACGGACUCCACUAAUGGCAUUGAUAAAUCAAUCUCCGUUUCUUACGUUGAAAUGGCAUUGGGAUUGAUGGAGCGCUUCGGCGUGACCGCACGGCAUUCUGACAGCUGAGAUAAAUUCCACAUUAAGGGAGGACAAAAGUACAACCAGGGUGAUGGCAAGCGGCUGAAGGAUAUGCUCAACAAGGAAGAUGCCGCAGGGACAGCAUCGGGAAAUCUGGCCACCAUCAGGAAACAACCCACCCCGGCGACCAUAAGUCCUGUCCUUUUAGGAUUGGCAUGCAGUGGUGAUUCUGCAGGCCUAGACUUUCUUGUCAACAACAGGGUCGCCACACAAGCACAAGCUGAAGCUGAAGAAAUCCAUGGCAGCCUACCCUGGUACACAUCCAGCAAUGGAGGUUCUGAUGAUGUAGAAGAAGGUGGUGCUCUGCCUGCACCGUCAUCGCUCCUUGAGGGGGGUGACUGUUGAAGGGGACACUGCACUCCACGCGGUGGCUACCUGCGGCCGUGGCGAUAACUUCCUGACGAGCACAGACAUCAUCCACAGAAAGGCGAGAAACCUCCUGUUCGUGCAGAACAAGAAGGGAGACACGCCCGUGCACUGCGCGGCGAGGGCCGGGAAUCUCGAGAUGGUUUCUUGUCUCAUUCGUCUGGCUAAAUCGGGAGGGGAGGCUGUUUCUCGAGUGAAGUCGCUGCUGGAGAAGGAGAACAAGCUUAAGGAGACGGCCUUGCAUGAGGCCGUCCGGAUUGGGAAGGUGGAGAUGGUGGAGCUGCUGAUGAAGGAGGACCAGGACUUGGCCGGUUUUCCGAGAACCGGUGGGACCUCGCCGAUGUACCUGGCCAUCUUGCUGGGUAAUAGAGUCAUCGUUAAGAAACUGUAUAAAAUGAGUGAUUACGGUACAAGUCUUUCCUACUCCGGCCCAAAUGGACAAAAUGCAUUACAUGCUGCUGCUACCCGAGGACGAGUAUUUACUAAGAAGCUGUUAAAGUGGAACAAGGCCCUUUCAGCGCAAAAGGAUGAAACAGGGAGUACGCCUCUUCAUUUCGCCGCAGCCAAGUCGCCAAACUCAUCUUAUUCAACACAGUUUCAUGACGAUGUGCAUGAAUGGCGAAAGAGCAAUUCAACCAUCGCCAGACAAAUGUGCAAGAAGCUCUUGUCUCUAUUGGGGAGGGAUGGCUGGCCAAAAGUCUGCCUCAAGCUGCUCGAAGCAAACCCAGCCGCGUUGUAUGAGCCAGACCACCGUGGGUCAUAUCCGAUACACAUAGCUACCUCAGUGGGCGCGACCAGGAAGGUUCUCCUGUUUCUUAACAGGCACCCUGGCAGUGCUGGCCUGCGCGAUGCGCGUGGCCGGACUUUCCUGCAUAUCGCCGUCGAGAAGAUGGCUGUGGGGAUCCUGUAUCAUGCUACCAGGGAUAAGUCACUAGAAUGGAUUCUUAACAUGCGCGACAAGGAUGGGAACACGGCGAUGCACCUUGCAGUCCAAGGUGGGAGACUUCGAGUGUUCUGCCGUCUGCUUGGGAAUCUGAAGGUAGGCCUGGAUUUGCCAAAUGCGAAAGGGGAAACCUGUCUGGAUUUAUCACGCUAUAAGGUUCCUCCAGGAUUGUAUUACAGUCAGAACUCGGAAGCAUGUAUCCGUCGUGCACUCGCGAUGGUCCGUGCACGGAGCGGCACUUCUCGCGAGGAUCACUUCGAGGAAAAAUAUGAGAGAAAUCACCGGCUAAAACCGGAAGAGAAAAACAGAGAAUCAGAUAGCAUGAAGGAUGCAACACAGACUUUGAGCAUCGGGUCUGUGCUGAUAGCGACAGUGACGUUUGGCGCCACAUUCGCACUGCCUGGUGGUUACAAGGCGGACGAUCGUCCCAACGGUGGCUCACCGACGCUCGCAGGCACGUACGCCUUCGACGCAUUCAUGAUGGCCAACACGCUGGCCUUCAUCUGCUCCUCGAUGGCCACGGUCGGCUUCAUGUUCUCCGGGACUCCCAUGGUUAACAGGAGGAGCCGAAAGUUUCACCUUCGCUCCUCCGUGUAUUUCAUGGAGGCUUCAGUCACCAGCCUGACGGCUGCGUUCGCGCUGGGGGUGUACUUGGUGCUGGCUCCCGUCGCUUACAAGACCGCCAUUGCCAUUUGUGCCAUUAGCCCUUUUGCGUUGCUCUGGAAAAAUGUUGAUUAUUGGAAGAGAUGGAUUCGUUUUGCUGGACCCUUGCUGGCUAGGAACGGGCCAUGUUGGACCUUGCAAGAGUUUGUACGGCAAUUUGUGUGGAGCAUACUGCUUGAACUUUGGCCCCUCGUGAUAAUCUUCUGUUGGGCAGCAUUCGCAAAUACUGGCACACACUUUUAAUCAUCGACCAGCUUGAAGAGGAAUCAGUCAAAUAUGGGCAUGAUUACAGCGAGAAAUAAAUUGUGGAGGACUGGAGAUAUCUGUAUUGCUCUAAAACCCUUGCUACAAUGAGACCAUGAGACAAGUAUCAGUUUUGUUGUUGGUUGUGACAUUUGUGGAGUGGACCAUGUGACUCUUUGGUGUAAAAUAUGUUGUUUGUUGUGAUCUGUACUGACGGACGUCAGUAGUCAUUAUCAAAAUUGGUAACAUGUCAGAUCGUGGAGGCAUUGGCGAUGUUAGUGUGCACAACAGCAUAGGUGUUUAGACCAUUUGAUCUGGUUUAGGCCCCAAUCCACCGGUAUUGUUCCGCAGAAAUGCCAUGCCGAGGAGGAGCAGGGAGCUCUGCUUCAUGGCUUAGCAAGUAGCGAGAAAACCGCCAUGGGAGGAGCAGUGUCCAGAACCAUCGCUGUUUCUCAAUUGGUUACCGCUGGGGUGAAGAAUAUGGCUUCAGUCCAUGAAUAUGAGGACACCUUCGAGAUCAAGGUAUCUAAGUAUCUCUCCCCAGUGCAAUGCUGCUGCUGCUAGUACUGAAGCCCAAGCGCCAGGCGAAAGGACGGACGGUUUCAAAGGAGAUGGCCAGCCUUAACGAAAAAUAGAAGUGGCUGAUGAAUGAUGAUGGUGAUGAAUGGAUUGACAAUCCUCUGUGUUCUGCUAGGUUCCAUGUGUUGGCACUCAAGUAUAGCGCGUGUACUUGUGUCCUGGAUCCUACUUAGUUGGCUAUAAGCCAACUUUGUACUGGAGCUUCGCUGAUCCGUUUUGUGCAAUUUUGGAGAAGCAGAGCAUGCGAACACAUUCAGUUGUUGCGGCUUGUCUCCCGGUCUCCUGGAGCAUUUUAAGCAUCUGAUAUUCUUUGUAUAUUUAAAUGUAUGUUGCUCUCUUGUGACAUUACGGAUGAGAAAUGGGAAACCAUGUGUCCUGGAGCUUAAUUAGCUGAGACA